UGAUCAUGUGACUCUCUUCAUUUCGCCAUUUUCUUCCUCUCCGCCGGCGACCAGCCUCCUGUCGGGUUCGUGACCGUCUCUCCUGCUCCUGCAAGACCUGUCAGCCAAAAGAAGACCUCACUCAGAGUCUAAACCUGCUAGACUGAAGCUUUCCUCCCUUUUCUGCCUUUAGUUUUAGUCUCCCGAACGCGCGAGAAGAAUGGACACCCAGAACCCCCAGUACUCUCCCUUCUUCGCAGUGAUGGGUGCCUCCUCAGCGAUGGUGUUCAGCGCGUUGGGUGCUGCAUACGGGACUGCUAAGAGCGGCACAGGCAUUGCUGCCAUGUCAGUGAUGCGGCCAGAGCUGAUCAUGAAGUCCAUCAUUCCCGUGGUCAUGGCGGGUAUCAUUGCCAUCUACGGCCUGGUGGUGGCUGUACUUAUUGCCAACAAUAUCGGUGAUAAAAUCUCGCUCUACAAGAGUUUCCUGCAUCUGGGAGCGGGUCUGAGUGUGGGUCUGAGCGGUCUCGCUGCCGGCUUCGCCAUCGGGAUCGUGGGAGACGCAGGUGUGAGAGGAACGGCCCAGCAGCCGCGUCUGUUCGUGGGCAUGAUCCUCAUCUUGAUCUUUGCAGAGGUGCUGGGGCUCUACGGCCUGAUCGUCGCCCUCAUCCUGUCCACUAAGGGUUAAUCGUUGCUCCUAUCCUCUCUUACACAUGAACAAACACACACACAGACACACACACCAACACAAAUGAUAUACAACGAGUAAACUUCACCGCCUGAAUAACGACGAGAGGAAUUUUUGCGUGCAUGCGUGUAUCGUGAGUGUGCUGUUUGCGAUGAGUGAGCGUGAGAUUGAUCUUCCUCUCUGUGUAAAGUAGCCCGAUGUGUGUGUGUUUUUCUUUCCCCCCUGUAAAUGCGCUGUGUAGCUAUCGCUCUCGUCCCGUGUGUGUGUGUGUGUGCGUGCGUGUGUUUAAAUAUAGACGCCCUCUUUCUCAUACGCUACACUUUUUGUUUGUCAUCCUCUUUUAUUUAGUUAUAAUUUUACUCUCCUUUAAAGAACAAAUCAACUGUUUUUGUUUAGUUCGUUUCUCACUUUUGGGACCAUUCAUUCCAAUUAUUAAAACACUGAUGUUGAGGACCUAAAUGUAAAAAAAAAAAGAUGGAUUAUUGCUGUUUGUUUGUUUUGUUUUCUGUUCCUGAUGAUUAUUUAUGAAGAUUUUGAGAUGUUCAUUAAACAGUUUAAGUGGAUCAAAGUCUUUAUCGAGAAUCCUGACUAUAUAUAAAUGGUGUGAGCGUGUAUCAGAAAAUAUAUAUAUGAAUAUAUCUGUAUAGGUGAGUUGCACUGUGGAAAAUUUGUCAGUUCUUCGGGUAUGUAAUCACUGAUUGCCAUUGAGAGAGUUGUCUUAAUCAAGAUAUAGAUGUGCAAGUUUAGUACCUGUGUGUGUGAAACGAAUGAAUGCACAUGUGUGUUUGUGAGAGCGCAUGUGUGCGUGUGUGUUUAAACGUGACAUUUCUUCUUACAUGUAGCGUUUUACCUGUAGUUGAUACUGUUUCUGGGUCCGUUCAUGGGUGAACACCAGCGCAGCUUGUCCAGUUUCCGAAUAAAACUUCCUCAACCUUA